UCUCUAACGCAGCUCGCGGCGGAAAAAUCAGUGUUCAGUGCUCGGCGGAGAUUUGGACCAGACACUUGUGUGUGCUCGCUUCUAAAUCGAAUUAUCCUGAAUCCGAAACUCAAGGAUCUUGGCAACUGCGAGUGCGUGUGUUGAGCUAAAUGCAAAAGUAAUCAAAGUCGAAGGCAUUAAAGCGGCGCGGCUGGAAGUCAAUAAAAAUAAACUACAUAAAAGCAACUUGCGGUCCCGGAAAUAAUGUCAACCACUGCCGAUCCCGUGGCGCUGGGAGUGGGCGUGGAGUUGGGCUCGAACUCCCCCCCUGUGGCGGAUGAGGCUGUGGUGGCCAAAACCUCCACGACGGUGGCCAGUGUGAUUGCCAAGACAGUGGCCGUAAUUAGCAAUGCGGUCUCAACUGGCGCCACUUCCUCAUCCACACCCACUUCCUCGUCGACCACCACCACCACCACCACCUCCACCACGCCCACUCCCACUCAAUCAUUACCCCCUUCCCCGGAGGAUGCCGACCAGAAACUCAGCGUGAAGGAUUUGAGCCAGGCCCUGCAGCACUUCGGCAUUGUUGAUUACUUGGUCUUCAUCGCCAUGCUGGCGGUCUGCGCCGUCAUCGGCUUCUAUUUCGGCUUCAUCGAGAAGAAGCAGAAGAAGCAAAAGCUGGCCCAGAAGGACGGAGGCGGGGCGGCGGGCGUCGAGGAGAGGCGUGGCUCGGAGGCGCUGGACUACCUGGUGGGCGGGCGCCAAAUGAAAGUGUUUCCGGUCGCGCUGUCACUUGUGGCCAGCUUCGUGUCUGGAAUUUCGCUGCUGGGAACCUCGACGGAGAUCUAUGUGUACGGCACGCAGUACGCCUUCAUCCUGGUCACCCUGGCCAUCUCGGGAGCCAUCUCCUGGUACAUCUUCCUGCCCGUCUUCUGCAACCUCCAGCUGACUUCCACCUAUGAGUACUUCGAAAUGCGCUUUAACAAAUCGGUUCGCCUGCUGAGCUCCGCCUUCUUCACCAUUGCAAAUUUGAUCUGGCUGCCCAUUGUCAUCUAUGUCCCAGCCUUGGCCUUUAAUCAAGUUACUGGAAUAAAUAUCCACAUUAUAACGCCCAUCGUGUGCCUGGUCUGCAUUUUCUACACGACUGCCGGGGGCCUGAAGGCCGUUGUCUGGACAGAUGUGAUCCAAACCGUCAUUAUGAUAGGAGCGGUUAUCUUUGUCAUUAUCAAGGGCACCCUCGAUGUGGGCGGACUGGGCGUGGUGAUUCAGAGGAAUUUCGACAGCGGACGCAUCGAGUGGCCUGAACUCACUUUCGAUCCCAAAGUUCGCAUGUCCAUGUUUGCUUUGAUGGUUGGCUAUGUUGGCCACAAUACCUACCAAUUUGGCUGCAACCAAAUGAUGACCCAGCGGUACAUGUCCCUUCCCGGUGUUAAGGAGAUGGCCCACACGUCCUUUCUUUUCAUUGUCGGGCUGACUCUUUUGUUUGCACUGUGCCUGUAUAAUGGUCUCCUGCUUUUCGCAACUUACUACGACUGCGAUCCAUUGACCACUAAGUUGGCAUCGGCCAAGGACCAGCUGGUUCCCCUGCUCGUGGUGCAGUCCAUGAGCUCCUUUCCCGGAGUGGCCGGCAUGUUUGUGGCCGGAGUGUUUAGUGCCGCCCUCAGUUCCCUGUCCACGGGCAUGAACUCCCUGUCCGCUGUCUUUCUGGAGGAUUACAUUAAGCCCAUGGCGAAGAAACCCCUUACGGAACACCAGACAGCCGUGACCGUGCGUCUCUGUACGGUGAUCAUUGGAGUGGUCAGUGUGGCCCUGGUCUUCGUGGUCGAGCGGAUGAGCUCCCACGUCCUGCAGCUGGGCAUUACCAUUGGAUCGGUGGUCCAGGGUCCGCUGCUUAGUCUGUUUACCAUGGGCCUGCUUUGCCCAAGUAUCAACUCCAAAAGCGCCAUUACGGGAUCCCUUGUUGCCUUCCUCUUCAUGGGCUGGCUUAGUAUUUCGGCCCAAAUCGCCAUUAACUCCGGGGAAAUUCACUCCCCGGAAAAGCCAGUCAGCAUCGAGGGCUGUGAUUAUGAGUUCGACCGUUCCCUGGUGACCCCCGCAAAUGCCACCCUUCCUGGAGCAGAAACUCCGUCCCUCAGCUUCGCUGAGCAGCUUUACCACAUUUCCUUCUUGUUCUACACGUGUAUGGGGGGCACAGUGGGUGUGAUUGCAGGCCAUCUGGCCGGGUUCAUAUUUGGCCGAAAUAAGGCCGGGGACAUAGAGGAUGAAUUGCUGUCGCCCUGCAUACGAAGGUUCCAGAAGGCCAGAUACACCAGCGUCAACCUCAACGAGAAAUCUAUGAGGAGUUCUAACGAGAAAUCAUAAACAAAUUUUCAUAUUACUUAGUUCCACUUUCUUAAACCUAAAGUAGUUCUGGCAUAGAAAACACUGACUCUUCCUGCUUACUUUUACCACAACACAGCCUAAAACUUAAUUUUUUGUAACUUAAGCACAAUUUUUUGGGGCGCCUAAAUAAUAACAAGUUUUUUACUUGCAUUAUAAACUUGUAGAAACACCCAAAAACGCCAUAAAUAACAUUAAAGAACUUUCAAAUAAAUACCUAUUCUGUAUUGUUC